CCGAUUAGAAAAGAAAGAAAAAUAUUCAUCAAAAAAUAGAAAAAAAAAUGGUAUCUCUGCGCUUUCCAUUCUCGUUUUCUCAGCCCAAAAAGCAACCCACCACCGCCCGCCAUUUUUUCGCCACCGCAACAACCACCGUCGUGGCAUGUGGGAUUGCUGCCGGAGCAGCCACAUUUGCUGGAAUAGCAGCAAAUAAUUCUACUACUGGUAAUCAAAAACACCCAUUUACACUGAAUAAUUUAAAUCCAUGGGCUUCACUGUCUUUAGCUGAUGCUUCUACUGGGACUGUUGUGGAAUCGAAAACCGGCGUGUCGUUUGCUUCGGUAAUUUAUGAAUCGAGGAGACUUUUGGGAACUGGGUUAAGGAGGAAGUGUGUGUUUGGAUUGAAGAACAUUGAUGUUUAUGCAUUUGGUGUUUAUGCUGAUGAUGAUCAAGUGAAAAAGGUUUUGGGUGAGAAAUUUGGGAAACUAUCCAUUUCUGAACUUACCGAUAACAAGGAGUUUAAAGGUGAUAUUGCGGAAGGUGAUUUUUGCAUGACUGUUAGGCUUCAGAUAGUCUAUGGUGGUAAGUUAAGCAGUCGCUCAAUACGAGAUACUUUCGCAGAAUCUAUAGGAAGCCGAUUGAAACAGUUUGGGGGCGAAGAAAACAAGGAAUUGCUUCAAAGGUUCAUUUCUCAGUUUAAGGAUGAAUAUAAAAUAUCUCGUGGUACCGUCAUAGAGCUCUCAAAAGAGAAUGGCCAUGUGAUGCAAACAUCAAUUGAUGGAAAGGAGGUUGGAAGCAUCCAAAGCAAACUCCUCUGUCGAUCAAUCAUGGAUUUAUAUAUUGGUGAGGAUCCAUUUGAUAAACAGGCCAAAGAAGACAUUCAAAGCAAAUUGGCAUGUCUCAUCCAAAAGUGAUCAAUAUGGGACGAUAUUUAAAUAAGCUUUGAUCACGUUAUUAAAAUGAAAUAAAUUGUAUAAUCUUUACUAAAAUUAUAAAUAUUUUAAUUUAUUGACAUUGUAAUUCUAAAAUUUAAGAAAAAUAAUUUUAUACCA